AUGAGCACCUCCAACCACGUUACCAACAUCGCGAUCGUGGGCGCCGGAGGCAGAAGCGGUAAAUUCAUCGCCGAAGCUCUUAUUGGCACUGGCAAGCACAAAGUCACCGCCAUCAGUCGCGCCGACAGCACCAGUGCCAUGCCUGAUGGUCUGCACGGCGUGAAGAAAAUCGACUACGACGAUACCAAAUCCAUGGUCGAAGCGUUGAAGGGCCAAGAGGUCCUGAUCGUCACAAUGGGCGUCAUGGCACCAAAGGACACGCAGAAGAAACUCAUCGACGCUGCUGUGGAGGCAGAGGUGCCUUGGAUUAUGCCCAACGAAUGGGGCGGCGACCCCAACGGCAACAGCAACCCCCAGCUCGCCACCGACACCAUGAUCGGCGCCGGCGUCGUCGCCAUCCGCGACUACAUCAAGUCCGCCGGCGGCGACAAGACGCACUACGUCUCCCUCGCGAAUGGGUUCUGGUACGAGUUCUCCCUCGCCGGGACUGAAGCACGGUACGGAUUCGAUUUUGAAAAGAAGAGCGUGACAUUUUACGACGAGGGAGAGGGCUACAUCACCACUUCGACGUUCCCGCAAGUCGGACGGGCGGUGGCGAAGUUGUUGUCGUUGAAAGUGCUGCCGGAGGAUGACAAUGACAAGUCUGUGUGCCUGAGUCAAUGGAAGAACGGGACGGUGUACGUGAAGUCGUUCCGCAUCACACAGAAAGAUAUGCUGGCGUCCGUCUUGCGAGUGACCGGGGACAAGGAGGAAGAUUGGACGAUCACGCACGAGGAUGUUGAGAGCAGGUAUAAGCGCGGGGUGCAGAUGAUGCAGAAGGGUGAUUUUGUCGGGUUCGGGAUUCUACUGUACGCGAGGUACUUUUUCAAGGACGUCAGCGCGAGUAAGGAGAGGGAGGUUGAUAAUGAGAAGCUGGGCUUGCCGGAGGAGAGUCUGGAUGAGGCGACCGAGGUUGCGGUGGGGAUGGCGAAGAGGGGGGAGAACAAUGCCAUCCAUUGA